AUGGCGGACCAGAGGGCAGCCAAACCGAAGAGGAGAAGCCGAGAGCGCACCUCGUUCACCUCUCAUCAGAAGGCGGAACUGGAGGCUCUGUUUAGCCUCACUCCGUUCCCAGAUUAUGUCACCCAGGAGUUGCUGGCCUCAAAGAUUCACUUACAAUACACCGUGGUGAUCAAUUUCCGGAAUCUGUGCCCUCUGUCUUCUCCACAGGUUUGGUUUAAGAACCGCCGGGUUAAAUGGAGAAAGAGCAUCCAGAAAGACCAAGAAGCCGGGAUCCCAGCCCCCACCCCUGCAGCCCAGAGGAACAGACCCAGGGCACCCAGACGCCUUUCCCACAGGCGGCCUCUUCUCCCCAGAGUUUCUGAUGGCUCAGGGCCAGGCACCGGGAACCCAGAUGGGGCUUCUCCACAGGGUGAUCCUGAGCUGGACAGGCUGGUGGCUACAGUCCCCGCCUUGUCCUCCGCCCCUUACGACAUAAGCCAGGUCAUGGAAGCCUAUGGGUGUCCGGAGGAGAGUUCCAACACGUUCAGUUGCCUUUAUCAGUAUCUCUCCCUGUCUGAUGGCUAG